AUGUCAGACGGCUCCCAGAGGAUACACCUGCCCACGGGGAGGAUCCCGCCCCUGCCCAGCCUGGAAGAGGCCAAGAGGCCGACCUCGCAGCACCUUGGUGUUGUCUCAGAGGAGUUAAAUGUAAGCAGUGAGCCAUGGGUUGACAUAUCCGAAGAUACAGCGGUUACGUGUUCAUCUUCUGCUGGACUUGUUCAAGUUAAUUGGAGGAAGGGUCCUGACACCAAUCACACUUUUGCCAUUGUCAUUUACAAUUUAUUUCCAACACCUUCAGUAGUAUGGAACCCUUCAGUGGAUCAAACUCAUUACGCAUUUGAUGAAAUGUUAAACAGUUUUCCUCUCACUAUUAAAUCAACAACACUCGAUGAUGAAGACAGAUACUGGUGCCAAGCUGUUCAAGAUGUCACAUUUGCACACCAAACCAAUUCAACAGCCAUAGCAAUAAGAGAUCGGGUGUGCAGCGACCGGAUGGAUGGGGUAAUGGAAACAAAGAAAUGGACCCCGUACUCCAAACGUACGGAGCCAUACUACCGUUUUCCUCCAGCGGAUUUUGAGAAACAUUUUGCCACUCCCGUCCUGCCGGACUCAGCCUCCGACAAGCUGGUCGCGGACAGGGGAUCAACGUCUUCUAAGCUCCCGUUUGCGGACAAGAUCCGCGGCAAAUUGGAGGACGUUGCCCGAAAGAUGGAUUUAUCGGCGCGCUUGGGUUUGCGCACAACAUCCUUUCUCCUGCUCCAUUCAGAAUAUCUGGAGCAGGGGUGCGACGAGGAAACCAUGGUGCCGGCGGACAUGAUGAUUGCGGCCCUUCAUUGUUUGGAAAAUGGUCUUUGUUCCGUCCUUGACCAGUUCACAAAGAUUACGACCCUGGCGACGACGUCACGCCGCGCCAAUGUGCUGGAUGCGCUUUUCCUGCCAUCAGCCGGGGCGCGUAAACGCCUUGACGAUCUCCCGCUCACCGGCGUCGACUUGUUUUCCGGGCAAUUUCAGACUUCCAUGGAGGCUGAAUCGGCCGACACCCGUACCGUCCGACUUAGCCAAGCGCCACUCCCUCGAGGGGGAAAUAAACGCCCUCCUCCUCAAGGGGGCGGUGCGUAUCGUCCCCCGUUCUGGGACUCAGACAGGUUUCAUGUCAACCUUCUUCUUGACUCCCAAGAAGGAGGCUGGCGUGUGGCGCCCGAUUUUGAACUUGAAACCCCUCAACAAGUUCAUCCGUCCGAAGCGUUUCCGCAUGGAGACGCUCAGGACCAUACUGAGUUCUAUAGUGACGCCCGCAUGGGCGGUGAGUCUCGACCUGAAGGACGCAUACCUACACGUCCCAGUCAGGCCGGAGCACCACAAAUUCCUACGUUUCCUAUACAACAAUACCCUGUACGAAUUUGUGGUGCUCCCAUUCGGACUCUCCACCUCACCUCGGGUGUUCACCCGGAUUGUAAAGACAAUCGGGGCGGCACUGCGGAGGCGGGGCAUCAUGAUAUUUGUAUAUCUGGACGAUUGGUUGGUCAUGGGCCGUUCUCUAGAGGAGACGGAGGCAGCGCUCCAAUAUACCUGGCGCCUGACCUCCUACCUCGGAUUUAUAAUCAAUACCGAGAAAUCCAACCCUAUCCCCUCGCAGGUUCCCAACUUUCUCGUUGCGCUCCUCGACCUGCGCAGGGGAUUGGCCCGCCAUUCGGAGGAACGCCUACUGAACCUUCGGCAGUGCGUUUCUCUCUUGCUCCCGGCAGUGGUGGCCCCGGCGCUGGCCUGGCUCGGGCUGUUGGGCCUUAUGGCCAGCAUGGUGGAUUUGGUGGACUUCUGCAGGUUGAGGAUGAGGCCCAUUCAACUUCACCUGCUCUCCUUUUACAGCCCCAUCCGGCACCGAAUCCACCACCCGGUGCCGACCACGCCCUGGCUAGUCCCCCACCUUCGCUGGUGGCUAGCCGAUGCGAACAUCUCGCAGAAAUUACCGUUCCACCAAACACAGUGACAAUAGCAUAUGACAGUGUGACAUAUAGUGGAGGUUCAGUUUCAGUGAUUGCUGGGACAAGCCGCCAGUUCACGUGUGAUGUCCCAGACAUCAAACCUGCUGCAGUCUUCUCAUGGGCUACAGCACCCUUACAGCCAACAGACAUAACACAGAAUGACACUCCAAGCACUCCAGACAACAGACUGGUUGACAGCAGCAGCACUAUAACUGUUAAUAUCCCUGAGACUCCUGCACAGCAGCAACUGAGGUGUGUUGCUACCAACAGACAAGAUGGACGGACAGAAAGUGAAGUGGAAGUCACAGUAACUCUUCAAGUUAAAGUACCACCAAAGGAGUCUGCAAUGUCACUCACUUCAACUGGCACCAAUGGAGAUAGAGUUUCUGUUACACAGGGAAGCGAGCAUGCCUUCGCAUGUUUGGUUCAGGGUACCAGACCAGCUGCAACCAUUAAGUGGUACCUGAAUGACAUUCUACAAGCUACCAUCAAUCCAGCCCAAGGUGGAGUUGGUGAUAAUUUGAUAGACACAUCAUCUGAUUGGUCAUUCACUCCAUUAAGAUCAAACCACCUAGAGACAGUCAAGUGUGAGGCAAGCACUGCAGAGACUACACUUCCAGCUCCAUCUGUGAUGAUCACUCUGGAAGUUAAUGGUCCUCCGGACAACCCUGUUAUAUCAAGCACUAGCCCCACUAUGACUGAGAAUGUAGCAACUACCUUAACAUGCAGAGCAGACUUGGGUUAUCCAGAAAGUUGGAGUUUAGUUUGGUUCAAAGGAUCUGACACCUUAACUGGUACAGUUGCUUCUGCAGCUGAGUUUAAUAAUCGCUACAGUUUCACCAGUACAUCUGAGAUUACACCAGUUAGAGAAGACAAUGGACAAACCAGUAUCAAGUGCAUGGCCCAAUGGGAUUCAUGGAAUUCAGCUAAUCCUGAAGGGUCUUUGGUCCUUAAUGUUCAAUUUUGUGCGAGGACUGUGAGUGUAACCAACUGUCCGACGGUCACAGUUGGUAGUACAGCACUACUGACAUGUGUAUCUGAGAGCAGUAACCCAGCCACUACACUGACGUGGUCAAGAGAUGGUACGAAUCAAACUAACACUAGUCCUCAACCAGACUCCGAUGGUAGCAAUGGAGGCAUCAUAACUACACUGGACAUCACAACCAACGUGUUGACUAAAGCUGACAAUGGUGCUGUAUUCCAAUGCAGUGCGUCUAAUGAUGCAGUCAUGUGUGGAGUUGACAUUGACGUCACUGAUUCAUGUGCACUGAAUGUGCAGUAUACUCCAGAGUUUACUGAAGCCUCAGCCAACCCAGUUACCCCAGUCAUUGAAGGUGGUGAAGUCAUCCUAACAUGUACUGCAGACGCUAAUCCUAAACCUAGUAACUUCAUCUUAUGGGAGAAGCAAGACUCCCCCAGUACAGUACUUAGCAGCGUUUACAAUGAUGGAACCAGUACUCUAACAUUGAGUGAUAUCCAGAGAGAUCAAGCAGGGAGCUAUAGAUGCAAAGCUAACAAUGGGAUACCAACAAGUAACCCAGAUGUGGUUUCUGAAUCAGUGAUUGUCAUAGUCCACUAUGAGGUUAAUAUCACCAACAAGGAGGACAAUGAGAUGGGUGCAAAGAAUGAACAAGAUGCUAACUUAUCAUGUAAAGCAGUCGGCAAUCCAGUGCCUGUCAUGAUGUGGUUUGAUCCAAACAACACUGUCAUUACUAGCACCAGAAAUCCGGAUAAGUACACAGUAGAAGAUACCACUAGUGGCGGGAAUGACAUAUAUGGAUUCAUGAUGACCAGCAGCUUGACCAUCAAGAGAGUUAACUCAGAGGUUGACUAUGGACUUUAUACAUGCAGCAGCUCUAAUGGGAUCGGACAGGUGGACAUGCUGAGGGUACUUCUUGAUACAAGAAGACCAAACGUGCCAUCUGGUGUCAUAUUGACUGGCCGUACUUCAAGCUCAAUAGCAGUGCGAUGGUCAGCUGGUUAUGAUGGCGGUGAGACUCAGUGGUUUCAUAUCAGCCAUAAGAAGGCUGCAGACUCCUCAGAGACAUACAGCGAUAUGAUUGAUGGAGAGGUGACUACAUACAACGUGGAUGGUCUCGAGUCAUACACGGAAUACGAGAUCAAGGUCUAUGCUCAGAAUGCUGUGGAUAGAAAUCCAAUUCCUGGAAUCAUUGUGGAAUACACACUGCCUCGGAAUCCAUCAGAUGCAGCUUUAACCAUUGAGUUUAACAAGGGCGCAGACACAGUCAAAGUUUCGGGAUUCAAAGGCGAGGGAUGCAUUCAGCUUGAGGUGAAGUAUGUUAUUAAAGGUGGCUCAACAGACUGGAUCGAUUGUGGAGAGUGUGUCACAGCUGACUCUGAAGUGGUUCUAGCAGACUGGUGUCCGCAAACUCAGAAACGAAGACGGAGGGCUGUAGGGGAUGUGGGUGAAGUGCGAGCAAAGUAUUGCAGAACGAGUGGCAGUGUCACACUCUGUAGUGAUCCCAUUACUCCUGAGGAGGUUGUUCCUGCUCCUCCCCAUGCCACCAAUCCUGGUGUCAUUGCCGGUGUCAUUGUCGGUGUUACUCUGCUUGUCGUCGUUGUCAUAUUAGUUUAUAUUCUGAGGAGUAGACUUCGGUGUCACAUUGAAGUGAUAAGAAAAUCGCCCCCUCAGGUUAGUCGUUCUGAUCGAAAACGAAUCACAGCCGAUAAGCAGCCCGUCUACCAAGAUAUCAAAGAAAUGACACCAAUCCAUUCAAACACCACGGGUGAAGACAAUAAAACAUAUGCUAACCUCCCAUCAGCUGAAAAAGCUUUUCCAAGAAAUAAACUGCGUAUUAUAAAGGAGAUUGGGCAUGGUGCCUUUGGCAAAGUUCUUCUGGCACAAGCUGAAGGAAUCUUGGAAAGAUCAACCAUCACAUUGGUAGCUGUUAAAACAUUGAAAGAUGGUGCAAAUACUAAUGAGAAGGAUAGCUCGAUCUGUGAGUUGGAACUAAUGAAAAAGUUGCCUGAACAUUGCAACGUUGUGAAACUUAUCGGCUACUGCAUACAACAAGAUCCUCCAUACAUCAUUGUUGAGUAUCUAUCUCGAGGCAACCUGAAAGACCUACUGAAAGACAGUCGUAGUAAAGGAGGGCGGGUCUAUGGAAACCUACACGGCGUCAGUAAAUCACUUACAUCCAGAGACCUCAUGAAAUUUGCUAAUGAUGUAGCCGAUGGUAUGAGGUUUAUCUCAUAUCAAAAAUGCAUCCACCGAGACCUUGCUGCCCGUAAUAUUCUCGUAGCUGAGGACAUGACUUGCAAGGUGUCUGAUUUCGGCCUUGCUCGAGACGUUAUGAACAUCAGGGUGUACGAAAGAGGGUCGGAUGGCCGUUUGCCUCUUCGUUGGAUGGCAUUGGAGUCUAUUCUUGACGAUGUGUACACGACAAAGAGUGAUGUAUGGUCAUUUGGUACUCUCCUAUGGGAAAUUGUAACCCUUGGUGCCCGACCGUAUCCCGCCAUGAGUGCCAAGACGAUGAUCAAAGAGCUUCAGAAUGGAUACCGUAUGCCUAAACCAAACCAUUGUCAGGAUGAAUUGUAUCAAGUUAUGCUGAAAUGCUGGAAAGAAGAUCCCGAUGUGCGACCUCCGUUUAGGAUCAUUUCCCAUACUCUGAAUAAACUGGCAGCCACACGAAAGGACUGCAUCUCCAUCAAAGUCUACGAAGAGACAGUUUAUGAGGUCACAAUCUCAGAAGAUCAAUCCGAAAAAGUGUAG